GAGAGGCGAGGAUGGGCUCAGUUAAUUUUAUAUUCUGCCGGCAUCACAGUGGGAGCACCAGAAAUAUUCUGGAAAUCGCGUAGGCAUGAAGAGCUGGUGUACCGGACAGAUUUCUUUUUAUUUUGUUCUAAUAUUUGACCUCUUUCUUGCGUGUCGUUUUGUAACGGCUUCUCAGACUACAGGUAAUGGCAACUUUACUAUCCAGCACCAAAAUACUACAAGAUGCCUCAAAGUAAAUUCUUCUGGAAUUAUAAUGGAUGUAUGCAAUCAACAAGAGGAGCUUCAGCAAUGGAAGUGGGUAUCCAGGCACCGGCUGUUUAACAUUGGAGUUAAAAAAUGCCUUGGUCUUGAUACUUCCAACAAAGCAGAACCAUUGAAAGUAUUUGAAUGUGAUGCAGAAGGUAUAGCUUUGUGGUGGCGAUGCAAAGAUGGAACAGUAUAUAGCCGCUCCUCCAAUAAACUGACUAUUAAAAACAGAUAUCCAACAGUGAGCAUUGAUGCAAUUGAUAAGUGGAGACAAAGCAGCUCAGACAACGACGUUUGCGAGCAGGCUUAUGAGGAAAUUUACACGACUGAAGGGACUGCCUUCGGAAAGCCCUGUGAUUUCCCUUUUAAGUACAAGAAUAAGUGGUAUUCUGAAUGUACCACGGAAGGAAACGAAAAUGUGGAAUGGUGUGCUACGACUGAUAACUAUGAUAGAGACAAAAAGUGGGGGAAGUGCUUGAAACUAGAUCCUGGAUGCAAAACCUUAUGGGAUAUAGAUAAUUCAGGACAGACUUGCUACCAGUUUAACUUUCAGUCUUUUCUUUCUUGGAAUGAGGCUCGUCUUUCCUGUCAGAGACAGGGAGGAGAUUUAUUGAGUGUUCCUGAUCCACAAAUUCAGAAGUACCUUGCUGAGCAACCAAAUAUUCCACCAAAAGUAUGGAUUGGUCUGAAUCAGCUGAACAUUGCAGGAGGCUGGCAGUGGUCAGAUGGAACACCUUUAGUAUUUGUCAAUUGGAAUGAUGGUUUGCUUGGGUUAUUUCACCCUGAGGAAUCCAGCUGUGCUGUAAUGAACUCUGAUUCUGGUUACUGGCAAAUAAGCCCUUGCGAAGCUGCCCUACCAUAUAUAUGCAAGAAAUCAUUAAAGCAAACACACUUGGAGAAUGCUGAUUCUUGGAAGUACUCCAGUACAGAAUGUGAAGCCAACUGGCUUGCAUACAAUGGCUUCUGCUUCUAUAUGCCUAAGGAAGUGUUGAAUUGGGAUACUGCAAAUAGCUUCUGUAAAUCCAAUAAAAGUGAACUCAUCAGUAUACAUUCAUUGGCAGACGUAGAGCUGGUUGUCACCGAGCUUCAGAGAGCUGGCAGUUCGGAUGUGUGGACUGGAUUAAGAAGUAAUAGUUUCCCGGCUUUGUUUCAUUGGUCAGAUGGAUCAAAAGUGACAAUCACUUACUGGGACCAGGCUGAACCCAAUAUACCCUUUAACACCACAGCACACUGUGUAUCCUAUUCAACAAAGUUGGGUCGAUGGAAGUAUAAAAAAUGUGACAACAAGCUGUCAUUUGUUUGUAAAAAGGCAGGGAAGAUUAAGAAUGAAUCCAGCCUCUUUGAUGUAGGGUGCCCUCAGAACAAGGACUGGAGAAGGCAUGGAGAUUACUGCUACAAACUUAAUUCAACAAAGGUCAAAUUUGAAUCCACAUGUCACCUAACAAUACAAAACAGGUUUGAGCAAGAAUUCAUUAAUAGUUUAAUUGCAAAAUAUACAACGGAAAGCGACAAGUACUUCUGGACAAGCUUACAGGAUAAAAAUGGAACAGGAGAAUAUACAUGGUCGGUUAUAAAUAAGAAGAAAGAACCCGUAACAUACACAAACUGGAAUGCGUAUCAACCAGAGCAUCCGGGUGGAUGUGUUGUUAUGGCCACAGGAAAAGCUCUUGGACGGUGGGAGGUUCGAAACUGUGCGACAACAAAGGCAAUGUCCAUUUGUAAGAAGAAGAUUGGCAAUGAGACAGAAACUGAAGACACACCCCCGACUGGCUCUUGCCCAGUUGGUUGGCAGACUCAUGCAGAAAUUGCUAACUGCUACAAGAUAUUUCAUCAUGAGAGAGUGGCAAGGAAGAGAACAUGGGAAGAAGCUGAGCGAUUCUGUGAGGGAUUAGGAGCCCAUUUACCAAGUUUCAGUCAUAGUAAUGAGAUGGUAUAUCUUCACAACUUGCUGAGAAAAACUAUUACUGAUGAACGUUGGUUUUGGGUCGGAUUAAAUAAGAGAAAUCCAGAUUCCAAAGGCGCUUGGGAAUGGAGUGACGGCAGGCCGGUUUCCUUGGUUGUCUUGCCUGUUGAAUUUAAAGAAGACUCUUAUGCUGUUCGAGAUUGUGGUGCAUUUCAGACUCAGAAGCCUUUGUGGCACUAUUUUAUGUAUGACAACAAAAGGAAAUUUGAUUAUCACUUGAUGCCUUUCCACUGUGGUAUUAAACUUGAAUGGGUGUGCCAGAUACCAAAAGGUGUUGAACUGAAAACUCCAGACUGGUAUAUUCCUGAUGGAGAGAGUAUUCAUGGACCCACAGUUGUUAUUGAUAAUAAUGAGUAUUGGUUUGUGAACAAUACUAUGCUAAAUUACCAAGAAGCAGAUCUGUAUUGCUCAAGAAAUGACAGCAAAUUGGCUUCUAUAACAUCCAGACCUGCAAUAAAAAUGAUCAAGACUCAUCUUCAAAAGCACUUCCCUUCAUUGACAAAGUGGUGGAUAAAGAAAAUCAAUUACAAUAGAACAUAUAGUCAUUUUAUAAAUCCUUAUGACUUUUACAAUCGGUUUUUCUCCUACCACAACCAGUACUGGAAUUGUUGGUUUAUAACUUCUAAUUAUAUCAGAUGGAGAGAAAAUUACAAAGAUAUUGAUUGUUUCAGACGUCUUCCAUUUAUUUGUCAGAAGAUAAACAUAUCUUCUCUGGAGCCAUGGUCUAAUGAAACCAGUGAUAACAAUAGUCCAUGUACAGGUGAUUGGAUUCCUUUUGGAGAUAAAUGCUAUAACUUUAUAAAGCCACGAUACCUUUCAUGGAAAGCAGGACGACGUUUCUGUCAAAGCAUUGGUGGUGACAUGCUAACGAUAGAUAAUUCAGUAGAGCAAGACUUUAUUGUAUCCCGUUUACCUUGGCUGUCACAAAAAUUCUGGCUUGGUAUCCGAUCUUCAGAUGGAAUUGAGUACAAAUGGGUGACUGGAAGACCAAUUGACUAUGCAAAUUGGCUACCAUCAUUUGAAGUAAAUCAGGAAAUAAGCGUAAAUUUCUUUAAUAUCAAAAAUGAAUGUGCUAUCCUAAUAAAUGAACCAAACAGUCCAUUUAUUGGAAGAUGGGAUGUUGUACCUUGUGAUGAUCAACAGUUUACUGCAGUGUGCCAGAAACAUAAAGGUUCUGUCAAUGGGACAGUCACUCAGGUUUUAAAUGACACCUUGAAUUUUCUAAACCAUACAUACAUAAUAAUCAGGAAGAACCUAACUUGGGAAGAAUCGCUAACAGAAUGUCAGAAGAAUGGUUACAAAUUGGUUAGCAUCAGUGAAGCCUAUCAUCAAGGCUUCCUCACAGUUACUGUCAAUGCACUUGGAUAUCCAGUGUGGAUCGGACUCUACAGCCAAGAUGAUGGAUUAUACUUUCGCUGGUCUGAUGGAAGACACUUGACAUAUAGUCAUUGGAGUAUGGACCAUUCAGAAGCCACUGAUAACUGUGUAUACAUGGAUGUUGAUGGGUACUGGAAAACUUUGAGUUGUAAUUCAGUAUUAAAAGGGGCUAUUUGCCAUCUUCAACAAAAUGAACAAGAACAAGAACCAACUAAGACUGAAACUGUGAGGUGCCCUCAUAAGAUUCAAGGAGCAAUAUGGAUUCCAUUCAGAAAUAAUUGUUACGCUUUUCUAAGUCAUCCUGAAAAGACUGGUGUUUUCCAGGAGAGCACUGUCCACUCUAAGUGCAAGGAUUUAGAUCCACAAGCCACAACAUUGACUAUUAGGAGUGAAGAAGAAAAUAAUUUUAUCAGUGAGCAACUUAAAGUUCACAGAUACCUAUACAAAUUGGUGUGGCUGAAUAUUAUAAAUAAUGGAAAGCAUAUGAUGUGGUAUGAUGGUUCCUACGUGUAUUUUUCCAAGUGGCAAUCUAGAAGGCCCGGCUUUGUUAACACACAUGAACAUUUCCUUGUGGCUGUCCUAGAUGUAUUUGGAUUUUGGCAUUUGACUAGCCAUCCUUACUACCAGACAAGAUUGUCACUUCAGUGUGCCUUUGUCUGUAAAAUUGAAAAUGACCCUGAUCCAAGUCAUUUUGAACAUCCUCCUGAAAAAGUGCAGUAUGGAAACCACACUUAUAUGUUAAUUCGGAAGAAGACAACUUGGUAUAAUGCACUGCAACAAUGCAAAAAGUCCCGAUAUCAACUUGUCAGUGUCUAUGAUGAAUCUCAGCAUGUUUUCCUGAAGAAUUUGGUGAAGUCAGAUGGUUUUCCUCUCUGGAUUGGUCUGUUCAGCCAAGAUGGAGGAUCAACAUUUGAAUGGUCAGAUGGAAGCAAUGCAGAUUACAGACCUUGGGAGUACUCUCAUCUUAAUUCAAAGGGCAAUUGUGUGUACAUGGACACAAAGGGCUUCUGGAACCGCACUAGCUGUAGCGCAGAAGCAGAUGGGGCUAUAUGUUAUGUUUCACAGAAUGAAGCUACAUCCUCUAAUGAUCAGGAAGGAAGUUCAAUGUUCUGCCCCAAGAAAGAUGGACAAUCAUCAUGGAUCAGAUACAAAGACCACUGCUAUGCAUUUGAUAUGGGAUUAUACAAUUGGUCUGUAUUUACCAUAGACGAAACUAAAUCAGUUUGCCACGAGCUAGAUUCUUCUGCUACUAUCUUGAGCAUAAAAGAUAGAGAAGAAAAUGAUUUUGUAACCAGACAAAUAAAGGAAGAUCAGGGAAUCACCGGACAGGUCUGGCUGGGAAUUGUUCAAAAUAUGAAAGAUAAAUCCUUUCAGUGGCCUGAUGGUUCAACGAUUUCUUAUGCUAACUGGAUGAAUACAAGCCUCCCAAAUUCAACUCAAGAUAUAUGUGCUGUUAUAUCUUCAAAAACUGGAUUGUGGAUUCAAACCAACUGUUCAGAGAGGCAUAGCAGACUAGUGUGCAAGGCUCCACUACAAUCCAAUCACAGAAUUGCAGCUUUGGUGGUUACAAUGAUUUUCAUCCUGGUUCUGAUCAGUGGAACAGUGUGGAUUUUAUAUAAAAAGAAUAAAUGGCGAUGGGCUAACUUUUUUGGGACUGUGCAUUAUGAGCGUAGUUAUAAUGAUCCCACAGAUAAUGAUAGUACAGUUAUGAUAACAGAACUUGAGGAGUUCCAUGAAUGAAACUUUGUGGUUUUAUCACCAAACUGCUUGAAACAUUUCUAAGAUUGAGCCAGAUCAUGAUAGCCUUGAACUCAUGCACCCCACCUGCUCCAAAUCCCAUGCUAAAUUCAUUUAGUUGCAGGGGGCUAUUAUAAUCCUGUGGCAUGGCUUGUGUGCUAAAACAUCCUCUGGUGACUGUUGAAGAGGGGCUUUCUCUAAAAUGUUUGUCAGUCUUUUUCGGCUAAAUCAAAGCCCCAACCCCAACUUUGUCAGCUAUAAAAACUUCAAGAGCUUCUUUUCAAUAUUUUUUGAAUGUCUCAAACAUCCAGAGACAUUAAAACUAUUAAAAAUUAAGUAAAUAAUCAUUGAGGAUAUUUUGAAAGCAAACUUAACUGUAAAUAAAAAUAACACUGGACAACAAUUUUUUUCUGAAGUGUUGUUUCCACAGUAUUUUUUCUUAUGUUUAUGGUAGACCAUUUGAAGCUGAACACAAAUAUAAUUUCAGAUUAUUUGUAUCACAUAAGACUUUGGAGAAACAAGAAAUUAACUUUUAUUGCAUUUAAUUGCAUAACAGUGCUGACGCUUUGCAAUAGUUCAACUAAGCUAAAAAUGCUGAAGGUUUUCAUUUGUACUCAGAGUCUGAGGCUUCUGGCUUAAGUAUCCAACAAUAAUCAGCCAGCAUUGAUGGAUUACAAUAACCAUUUCUCCAUGACUGCAAUGUCCUGAUGAAACUUUUCACCAUACUUGUCACUGACAGCACAAAGAUUUGCAGACAAGUUGUCUAAAUGGGAAUGAGAAAAAUGAAUUUUUAGUAACAUGUUGCACUUCAUGGUUUUGUAUGCUUGAAGUGUGUUGUCAACCAGCUGCACAUAGUUUGGUGCUCAGUAGUUGCCAAGAAAAUUUUCAACAAUGACCUUGAAUGCCUUCCAUGCGAUUUCUUUCUGGUCACACUGGAAGUUCUUCAGAUUGCCUGUCCUUGAUGACCUGUUUGAUUUGUGGACCAACAAAAAUGCCUUCCUUGAUCUUAGCAUCAAUUAUUCUGACUUGAAUUAUAAAUUGAAAUAACAAAUAUAGGUGAUUUCAAAAAAAAAUUUGCACCAUAGGGCAAGUUCAUGGUUAUUUUCAAGAUCAGUAGCUCAAAACCCAUACAAUACACCCAAAAGUGUUCAGGAAGCAAAAUCUUUGUUGUCCAGUGUAAUCAAACAACAUUAAACUUAAGAAAAAAGUAAUUUGGAAAGAAAUUUAUCUUUCUGCAUUCUUCCGAAUCUAAACCUCCAAAAUAUCCAUUAGAAGCAGUGGGGUCUCAGAUCCUGCAAUAGGUUAACAUGACAAAGAAUCUUUUAGGGAAUUUUGAUGGAGCUUAUUAUCAGAUUUGCAAUUGUAAGUCCUGAGUAAAUCCCAGACUAGGUACAGUCUGCACAGCUAUAUACUGCCAGUGCUGUACAAAACUGCCAGCAAAUCUGCCCCAUCAAUUACGUCAUCUGAAUAAUCUUGCAGUUGUGUUAAGUAUUUCCUGAUUUGCACUACUUAUUCUUUGGGGUUAUCACUGUAGCAGUUUGUAGAGAUUGUGUUCUUUAUAAGUAUUUGCUUUAAAAACUUAUUUUUAUACUAUAUUAUGUAAACAUUCCAAUGUUUGACAAAAUCAUAAUAUAUGCAGAGAAUGAACUACAAAAAACUGUGCAAUUUUUUUCACCAAUUAUGUGUUACAAUGUAAUGCAUUUGCUUUAUGGAUGGUGUUUAUUGAUUUCUUUGUGCAUUAAGCCAUUAGCUACUAAACAUGAAAUCUGCAUAUUUUAAGAAGUAUCAAAGACCAGAAUAUAGGUAUGGGUUUGAGAUAAGAUGUGUAAACUGGGGAAAAUUGUUCUUGUCUACAAAAUCAUCCUAUCUCCUUUGUCAGUGCCUUGUAACUUCCUCCUUGUAGCUGAACCUCAAACUGAGGAUUAUUGCUCUGAAAUUAUCAACUGUUCCAAAGUGAUAAUAUGUUAAUAGAUCACAAUAAUAAUCAUAUUAUCUUAUAAGUUCUUUUCUGGAGGAUCUGGGUUUAUUUCUAUAAAAUACUCCUUUUAAAAGAGUAUAUGCAAUAAAGAAAUUGUUGUUUUCAAUAAGGCCACUUGUUCUGAUUUGGAAAAUUGCAGUCUUUAAACUAUAUGGAUAUUCUAAGCAUCAUUUUUGAGGUUCUGCUGUGCUAUUUAUGCAUAUUUAUAAAGCUGCAACUAUUAAAAACUUAACAGUAGAGAUUAAUUACUGUAAUUAUUUUUAAUUGGGGGAUUUGACAGAAGCAGCUCUAAUUGAAGAGCAUUGGUCUACCUAUAAUUAUACUGCUGUCAAUUUAGUGAAUGCCAUAAUGCUGUUUUUGAAUGAGAGUGUAUUUACAAAGUGUGAAAACCAAAAAGUUGUAGAAAUACCAGACUGAUGAUAUUGUGGAAUAAACUUGAGUAUUUUUAAGUACUGGCAAACAAAUUCAGUAAUUGUUCUAUGGAAAAUUAAACAUAAUUACUCAGUAUUUGAAUGGGCAAGAUUUUGUGUAAUUUUGUAAUAUAAGAUUUUGUUGCAAAAGCUCAAGUUCUCAGCUGUAGUAUGACGUUCCCAUGAAUGAAUGAAAAUGUUUCAUUCACUUCACCUGAUUAUUCUUCUCUCAUAAUUUACAUGUAAAUUAGUAAAAAUAUUAAAG